UGGUAGUAGGAAGUGGGUGGUAAGAGCUAAGGAUGGAGCGAAUCCUGUGUAGCGACCACAGAUCAUGUUUCGCGACAAAAAAAUCAAUGUUCCACCAGAGAAGAGCAGAGUGAACCCAUCUUGUACCCAUCGUGUACCUGUGAGAUCACGGGAAACGGAAAAAUCUGAUUACAGGAGGACGAAAACGUGAAGUGAUCACCUGCUUUGAGUGCCGAUGUGUGUGUGUCUUUGAACAGAGGGACAUAGACUCGCUACAGAUUUUCAUUGAUCUCGCCGUUUUUAAUGCACCGAAGCUCCACCGAGUGGAUGUGACAUAUAAUAAGAUUUGUAGUUGUGUAAUAAUAUGCAAUAGGCCUGCUACGAACUCCGUUAACAUGCAUGCACUGGUCCUUUCUCCGCACAUAGACUACAGUGGUUUGGCUGCCUUUGGACUCCUUUAACAUGUAGCGGAUUUCUGCAGAUUGUAGAGCGACAGAGGAUCGUUGUGAUAGAAGCAUUUUUAAAGGAUGAAAUUAGCGGAAUGGAUUGCUGUUGGUUGUUCCUGGUGUAAUGGGCUAUCUAGUUUUAAAAGAUUGUUUGUUUUUAAACUGAAAAUGCGCACUAGCUGUUUUGGAGGGGGUGAAAGAUGAAUGCAAACUUGUUUGGUUGAUCUAAUAUGUGGUGUGAUAAGCUUCGGUCUGACAUAGGCUGUUUGGGGGCUUUCUCUGUCUCUCAGCUGGACUUGAGUUCGUGCAGUGCACCCUGAUCCCACCGUGCAGCCUCUGGCUUAUUCAGCAGUUCCCACCACAGAGCAGAGUAGUCAGUAGUCUCAGUCAGCAAGGGAUGUGGGCUUGGGUCGAGCACAGGAACGGCACUUUUAUCUACUUUGGUAGAAAUAGGCUAAUUAAUAGUGUAUUUUGUAGUUGUAACGCGAGACGAUUUCUGGUAUAAUUUACCAAAUUGAAUAUAAUAGCACCAAUUAGUUAAUUAGCAGAUGUUACCUGCUUUUCGCUGGUAAAUUAUGUUAUAAACAGCCGACACUCUGCCAAGCAUUUCGAUUAAGUAGCAAAUUGACUCUCGCCAAAAGCCACGCGAGAGUGGGGCUUUUUCUCGCCGCCGUCACCAGUAGCCCACGAGACACUCUGACAGGUGUGAAGCCUUACACCCGCCAUGGAUGAUUCUGGGAUCAUCCGAAGACGGAGGCUGCAGAAGGAUCUACCUCUGCCACGGAAAAGUAACAGUUGCAGAACCAGUAACCGGAAAAGCCUCAUACUGACAAGUACAUCACCCACCCUGCCACGGCCGCACUCUCCACUGCCUGGACACAUAGGAAGCAGUCCGUUGGACAGCCCGCGCAACUUCUCACCAAGUGGACCUGCCCACUUUUCCUUUGCUUCCUCUCGCAGGGCUGAUGGUCGUAGAUGGUCCUUGGCUUCACUCCCUUCCUCAGGAUAUGGCACCAAUACACCCAGUUCAACAUCAUCCAGCUCAUCCCAGGAGCGUCUGCAUCAGCUGCCCUUCCAGCCGACCAUGGAUGAGUUGCACUUCCUGUCCAAGCACUUUGGCAGCACCGAGAGCAUCACGGACGAUGACGGGGGCCGACGCUCGCCGCACGCCCGCCCUCGCUCACGAAGCCUCAGCCCAGGGCGCUCUCCAUCCUGCUAUGACAAUGAAAUAGUGAUGAUGAACCAUGUCUACAAGGAACGCUUCCCCAAGGCCACAGCUCAGAUGGAGGAGAGACUGGCAGAGUUCAUCCACAACUACUGCCCGGAGAGCGUCCGGCCACUGGCCGAUGGGGUCCUUAGCUUCAUCCACCACCAGGUAGCUGAGCUGUCCAGAGACUGCCUGACCAAAUCACGAGAGGGUCUCAUCACCAGUGUCUACUUCUGUGAACUGCAGGAGAACCUGGAGAAGCUGCUUCAUGAAGCAUAUGAACGCUCAGAGAGUUCGGAGCUGACCUUUGUCAUUGAGCUGGUCAAAAAGCUCUUCAUCAUCAUAUCUCGUCCAGCCAGGCUCCUUGAGUGUUUGGAGUUCAACCCUGAAGAGUUUUACCAUCUGCUGGAGGCAGCGGAGGACCAUGCCAAGGAGGGACAACUGAUGAAGGCAGACAUCCCCCGAUACAUCAUCAGCCAGUUAGGGCUGACCAGAGACCCACUGGAGGAAAUCGUGAGCCUUGACAGCUACGAAGGUGAGGGUCCUCAAACUCCAGAGACUGAUGACUCAGCAGAGGGAAAAGGGCGAGCCAUUAAGCCACCAAGUGAAGAAGAUUUUCAGAGCAUCAAACUGAUCAGCAAUGGAGCAUAUGGUGCCGUCUACCUGGUGCGCCACAGAGAGACACGUCAGCGUUUUGCCAUGAAGAAGAUCAACAAGCAGAAUCUGAUCCUUAGGAACCAGAUCCAGCAGGCGUUUGUAGAGAGAGACAUCCUCACCUUUGCAGAGAACCCGUUCGUUGUCUCCAUGUUCUGCUCCUUUGAAACUCGGAGGCAUCUUUGCAUGGUCAUGGAAUAUGUUGAGGGUGGCGACUGUGCCACUUUGUUGAAGAACAUCGGGGCUUUGCCUGUGGAGUUGACAAGGAUGUACUUUGCUGAGACCGUUUUAGCCCUGGAAUACCUGCACAACUAUGGCAUCGUCCAUAGAGACCUCAAACCUGACAAUCUACUCAUCACCUCCAUGGGACACAUUAAGCUUACAGACUUUGGCUUGUCGAAGAUGGGUCUAAUGAGCCUCACCACCAAUCUGUAUGAGGGACACAUUGAAAAAGAUGCCAGGGAGUUCCUGGAUAAGCAGGUGUGUGGUACUCCAGAGUACAUCGCUCCAGAGGUGAUUCUCCGUCAGGGCUAUGGAAAGCCAGUAGAUUGGUGGGCCAUGGGCAUCAUCCUCUAUGAAUUCCUGGUGGGCUGUGUGCCUUUCUUUGGAGACACUCCGGAGGAGCUGUUUGGACAGGUCAUCACAGACAAUAUAGUUUGGCCAAAUGGUGAUGAAGCUUUGCCUGCUGAUUCCCAGGACCUUAUCUCUGCCCUGCUACAGACCAACCCUCUUGUGAGGUUGGGUACAGGCGGAGCGUUUGAGGUGAAGCAACACUCGUUCUUCACAGAGCUGGACUGGAACAGUUUGCUAAGACAGAAGGCAGAGUUCAUCCCUCACCUGGAGUCAGAAGAGGACACCAGCUACUUUGAUACCCGCUCGGAUCGGUAUCAUCACAUAAAUACGUACGACGAAGAUGACACCAAUGACGAUGAGCCUGUAGAGAUCAGACAGUUCUCUUCCUGUUCUCCUCGCUUCAGCAAGGUGUACAGCAGUAUGGAGCAUCUGUCUCAGCUGGAACAGAAAGCAACGACCUCUGUAUCCCGUAGGGAGCACAAGGGCCCACGGGAGGACAAGGUGACCAAGAGAGAGAGCCUUGGCAGCUUCAGCAUGAGAGACAAGAGCUGGAGGACCGGAUCCCCCGAAAUGAAGCGCCUGUCUUGUUCAGAAUCCCUCUGCAUGGACGGGGAUGGUAGCCCUCCUCUUGGUGCUCGCCGGCGCUUCUCAGCACUGAUGGAUACACAUCGUUUUGCCUCAACCCUAGAAGGUGAGCCAGACUUCCUGUCUCGCCAGGCGCCCAUGAAGGUCCGUGGCACCUCACUGGAUGGAACCAGUGUCCCCUCGUCGAGCUUCCUGGAGCAGAGAAACAGUCUGAAGGAGAUCAACGGAGCAGACAAAUCCCCUAGACAUGGAGAGACACCAGGAGUAACCACGCCCAUCGCCACAUUGUCCCAAGGUCCUGCAGCAGCCAGUCGUGAUGUGAUAACUCCUUUGUAUGACCCUCUGGGGGCCCGGGCCACCAAUGACCUGGUUCUCCGCAGGGCGCGGCAUCAGCAUUUGUCUGGGGAUGGAGAGAAACGCAACUCCAGACCUGGAAACAAGGUCAUCAAGUCAGCCUCUGCCACGGCCCUGUCUGUCAUCAUACCAUCAGUGGAGCAGCAUGGCGGCUUCUCUCCGCUGGCCAGCCCCAUGUCUCCCCACUCUUUCUCCUCCAACCCCUCGUCACGUGACUCUUCACCAAGCAGAGACUUCUGCCCAGCAGUCAGCGUGCUGCGCUCUCCCAUCACCAUCCUUCGCUCUGGAAAGAAGUACGGUUUUACUCUCAGGGCCAUCAGGGUCUACAUCGGAGACAGUGAUGUCUACAGUGUCCAUCACAUUGUUUGGCAUGUAGAGGACAGCGGUCCCGCCCAGGAAGCUGGCCUCUGUGCCGGUGACCUCAUUACUCACGUCAACGGGGAAUCUGUCCACGGUCUGGUCCACACUGAAGUGGUAGAGCUUAUCCUCAAGAGUGGAAACAAGGUGACGGUGACAACCACGCCUUUUGAGAACACCUCCAUUAAAGUGGGUCCUGCCCGCAAGGCCGGCUACAAGUGUAAGAUGGCCCGACGAAACAAGAGGACCAUGGGCAAGGACAGCCAGGACAGCAAGAAGCGGAACUCCUUGUUCCGUAAGAUCACAAAGCAAUCCAAUCUGCUGCACACCAGCCGCAGCCUUUCCUCAUUGAAUCGCUCUCUGUCCUCCAGUGAGAGUCUUCCUGGCUCCCCAACUAACAGCUUGUCUGCCAGGUCCCCAACUAAGGGCUACCGCUCCACCCCUGAGCCCUCAUACCUGGGUGCGUCCUCCCAGAGCAGCUCUCCAGCCUCUAGCACUCCAAACUCACCCGCUCCCGCUCAGCACAUGAGGCCCAGCUCCCUGCACGGCCUCUCUCCUAAACUCCACCGCCAGUAUCGCUCUGCCCGUUGUAAGUCUGCAGGUAACAUCCCCCUGUCCCCGCUCGCCCACACACCCUCUCCUACCCAGUCUUCGCCUCCACCGCUGCCUGGCCACACCGUGGGGAGUUCCAACACCACCCAGUCCUUUCCUGUAAAGCUCCAUUCCUCGCCGCCAGUGGUCCGCCCCAGGCCAAAGAGUGCUGAACCCCCGCGAUCACCUCUCCUCAAAAGAGUGCAGUCAGCAGAGAAGCUAGGCUCACCACUGACCCAGUCCAGUUCUACAGGAGGGCUGGGGGGUCCGCUGAGGAAGCACAGCUUGGAGGUGCAGCACUCUGAGUACCGUAAGGAUGCCUUCCUCUGUGAGCUUGGGCUCCAGAGCCUUCUGGAGACAGAAGGGGAAAAUUUGCCUCCUAAUCCUCCACCCCUGCCCUCAUCCUCUACAAACCCAGGGGCCGGUGUCCUGAAACCUAUGAGGAGAUUAGGGAGGCAGGAGUCGCCGCUUAGCAGGGAAACACUGCUGGCUGGGAGGGAGAGGGAAGAAAGGGAGAGAGCAAGGGAAAGGGAGAAAGAGAGGGAGACUGAUACCGGGGCAGUCCUGGAGAGAUUGAGUCGGGUUGGAGCAACAGUAUCCCAGUCAACCUUAACAAGAAAACCUCAUACAAGUGAGCUGCCUUUUAGUUCACAGGCUGGCCACAUCUCUAGACUAAGUGCAGAAACCCCUAAAACUACAACUUCUAGUACACUUCCCAAAACAAGAGGAAGUGUAGGUGGUCUAAAGGGACUUGAAAAGAUCCCCCAGAGUCUGGCAGACAUAAAUUCUAAACCACAAGACCUCAAGUCAGCCAAAAGUGUGUUAUCUAGUAGUAGAGAUCCCCAGGAGCAGCUGUGGGGCACAACUGAACCAAAGCAAGAAGGUGAUAACAAGGGUAGGCCUGGUUUACCUGGUGCUGCCUUCACCAAGAGCUCUGCUUCUACUCCAGAUAAAUCCAUCGGCAUCAACACAACAGUGAAAGCAGGUCCUCUCAGCAUGAACAAAACCUUUAAACCAUCAGGUAUGGGGGACAGCCUGAGAAAGGCUGGUUCAGAGGCCAGUGACUCGAGGACUCCAGACUUUGGCUCUAAAAGCCCUAAACUCCCAGCUCGCAUUCUUGCUCCCGUUAUUCCCCCACAUGGGCAGCCGCUCUCGCUGGGCAAGGCGAGGCAAGGACUUGGGCCUGUCAACUGCUACCGGGGAACCCUUGACUGGGAGGAUAAAUGUCGCCUGGAGGUGGUGGAGGAGCAUUCACCUUCCCCAUCUCCCUCCCCGACUUCUACCAUCCCCUCCCUCUGCGGACCUUCCCUCUGUAAGUCACGGCCUGUCUCCCCUGGUGACAAGACAAGCUUCGUCAGUCAGCUGACCACUGUGGCCAAAAACGUCCUUGGGCCAAUCAAGCUUGGCUCUCAGGAGGGGUCCAAGAGCAAGGACCAGCAGAUUAAGGCACUGGAGGAGAGACAGGGAGGCACAGCAGCAAAGUCUGACCCUCCUGCUGGAGGUCAAGUGAAUGUUGGGGCUGGAGGGGUGACCCAAAGUCAUGCUGCUUCACCGCUAGAGAGGGCUGCAACAGGUAGCAACCAGUCAAAAAUGUGACCCAAUGAGGUUCCUUAAUGGGACUUUAGUAAAAAAAAUAAAAAUAAAAAAUAUGCCUUUUUUGGAAGAUUAAUGCGACAGAAGUCAAGCACUUAAAAACAAUGUACAUUCCAGUUUCAGAGUAUAUCAAUUUUUAUUUAUUGAUUCCAAUCAUUUACUGAUUCUAACUUAAAACCAGGAGUGAAAUAAUCAACUGUAAAGUUGCAUUAUCUAUGGAUUUUCUAUUAUAAAGUGUUUAAUAAGAAGACUCUUAAUAUAAUGUGGAACACUUCAUCAUAUGUAUAUGUGUGUGGGUCUAUGUGAACGCAUGUUAUAUGGUUUGUACUGUAAAUUAGUAUUAUAGGUACAAGAAGGUCAAAAGUGCUUUACGGAUCAAAACAUGCUGAAAACUGUGAAUACCAAAUCCAAUCUCGAUGUUUUGUCUUUCAACCAGUCCUUUGUUGUUUUACUGCUUAUCCAACAAGACAGUGAUAAAUUGAGUCACAGUCAAAUUGUAAUAUUUGCAUCAAACAACAACUAAUGCUGCCUCAGUUUGGCUAGAGCGGGUAAGCAAGCAACAAGAUGAUUAAGCUAAUUUCUUCUUCAUCCAGCAGUUUACUGAGUUGCUGUGCACGGUCAGACAAUGCCAAAGCAGGCACUCUGUCAGUGGAUGUCACGUCAAGCACUGUCUAGCUCUGUUUGUCACAGCACAGGGGAUUGUGUGUGUGUGUGUGUGUGUGUGUGUGUGUGUGUGUGUGUGUGUGUGUGUGUGUGUGUGUGUGUGUGUGUGUGUGUGUGUGUGUGUAAAGCCACCUUGGGUCUUUUUCUGGUGGUUCUCGAAGGCUAUGUCCAGUAGGAAAGCAUGUGACAGGGCUCAGCGCUUAUCUCCCCUUUGCAGGAGGGCUACCACAGCUCUUUUCUCCCUCUGCCUCCAACUGCAGCCGACACACAUGCACACACUCACAUUGCCACAUAAGACUGCAUUGUCAGCAACUAAUUUUCAUGCAUUUAAAUUCAUACCACCAUGGUCUAUAAAUUGGACGUGAGUGUGUUUGCAAGUGAGUGAGUUAAGAAGUUUGGGGGUGUGGGAGAAUGUGCAUGUCUUUUCCAGGGGUAUUUACACUCAGCAUGGUUGACUCAGCAAAGGAACCAUCAUGACAGAAACCAAACUGGAAAUAAACAUGCAGAAGUUAGGAUCCAGCAACAGUUACAGACUUUGCUAUCCCCUCUGCUACUUUAUUAACAAAUCACACUGGCACAGUGAGAAUACAUUUGUUGAUGUAGUAUGUACAAAAGAAUUGUUAAGCACAUGUACAGUGAAUCCAUGUGUUGUUUUGAGGCAAAACAUGAAAAGCGGGCAGUCAUGGAUGUAGCAUACCAUAACGUGUUUGUCAAAGGGCUCUAUAUCUAAGGUUGGGUUUGUGGUGGGGACAUGGUACAGUAUAUCACAAUGAACCUGUUGCUGUAAAAAACAAGGUUAUCUGCAGUAUGAUCAGAAGGACAGUGUAAUGUUGUAAGAUACUAAAAGCUAGGUAGUCAAGAUUGAUUAAUGUAAAGCUCCCAUAUUGCUUUGUGACAUACUGAUACAGGUGUUUGAAUCAAUCUCAGCAAGAGUGCUUAGAAGGACAAAAUGUUCAUAGGAAAAACAAUUAGUGCUAUUCUUCCACUGGUCAUAUUCUUCUCCUUAGUAGUUCAUUCUCAGUAACUAUCCAGUGUACAUAAUCUUAUGCAAAUCAUGUACAGCUGUGUGUGAGGACUGCUUUCACUAUACUACUACUAGCUAAUUUUUGAAAGAAAGUUCAGGAGUUAAAAGAUUCAAUCCAUCUUUAAUUUGAUGUCACUUCCUUAAAUGAUCUUGAUUCCUCUAAAUUCUACAAAUGUAAACUGAUUCAACCAACAACAGCAACUUUGCAGAGGCAGAAGUUCAAAGACAGAAAUGUAUUUUCUAGUCCAAGAGGGUCUGAAAAGUCAGUUAGGGCAGGUGGGCAGGCUGGCAACAUUGUAUUGGUUUUUAUCUGUCUAUGCAGAGCUACACAUGGGGAAAGCUGUUUUUUGUGGUAUUGGCAGAUCUUUUUCAGUAAUAUAAAAAAACAUGUCUUAAUGCAUCUUUAAUGCAAUAUAUAUUUAAAUAUAUUUAAAGGAUACUGUUAGCAAUCAAUCCUUGAGGAUAACUAUGUUUGAAGGUAUAAUAUUGAUGUCACACCCCCCAUUAGAAAGUCCCACCUGCUACACGCAUCAGCCAGUUUUUUUUUAAUUCAGCAUUGUACUCUACUGUCCUCCAGUGGUUCAAAACAUCCACUGUUGAAGUGGUUUCUAUAAAGUGUUCAUUAUUAAUCCUCUGGAAUGAGCAUUUAUGUAAUGAAGCCAAGAACACUAAAACACUGCAGAAUGGAUGUUGUUAGCCAUAGGUUUACUGAGUAUGCAUUUAUCUUUCUGAUGGCAAAACGUUUGCAGUAGUUGUCAAAUGAACACUUGAAACAUGACUUUAUUCCUUUCUGUUGUUGUGUUCUUCACGUGACUGUUAAUUAUAUCUUCUGGAAUAGGGAUUAACAUUUUUAAUAUAAUAUACUGUCUUAUAUAUUCUACUGAUAGGAUGGAGUUCUUUUAUAUCUUGAUGUAAUAAAUGAGUUAUCAGGUCAGAUCUGAGCACCUGAUUAAGAAAACUAACUGUAAUGUAAUCUUAUACAGCUAUUAUGCCCACUUUCAGGCCUUUUCCCAAUCGGUGGUGUCUAUACUAGUGUUACAUGUUGAAGAAUUUCAAUUUUCUGUAUGUGAUCGACAGAGAGAGUAGAAUAAAUGCACUUUAUUUAAAAACAAAAUCUUAAUUUGCUGGUAUUGUUACUUUGGAGAAAAAGAAAAAUAUACUGUAUACAAAUAUGGAUUCUUCAAAUGAACAAGCAUUCUAAGUAUAAAAACAUUCCACAUUUCUCUUUUCACUGAAAAAGUAUUUAUUUGUACCAUGGGGCAUUUUAGUUUGUGAUAGAUGUGAUUCAAAUGCAGACACCUGAAGUGCAGUAUGUGGAAUAAAAUUCUGAGAUUUGUUCCAAA